AUGACAUCAAAACAUUUAAUAUUAGUUAUAAUUUUAUUAAUUCAUUUAACGUUCAUUGGAGUAAACGCAUCAUCAUCAGACAAUAUAAAAGACGAUUCAUCUGCAUCACAAAAGCCAACGAAAACAACUUGGUGGAAUUUUUUUAAAAUAAGAAAACAACAACCUGAUCAUAAGCAGUUUACUCAAAGCAAAAUUGAAAUUGAUAAAAAUGCUAAUGAACCAAAAAAUAUACUUGUUGGAUCAUUCGUUGGAGGGUUAAGUCAUCUCAGACCAUCCUUGGAAAUUUGCAAAAUUUUGAUAGAGCGUGGAUAUAAAGUAGCAUUGGUCGCGCCUGGAAAUUUCACUUCGCCUGCAAAUUAUCCAUCAAUUAAACAAUAUUCUACAGGUCCAGAACAUGACACAAAAGAAUUAUCAUCUAUAUAUCAACCAAUAUUUGAAAAGUCAUAUGAUUACAAUUCAUUUUUUUUGGAAAAAGAUGAGGCGGAUAACCAAUAUUUAGAAAGAUAUGAAAUUUAUAAACAAUCUACAAUAGAUUUUAAACCAGAUUUACUCUUAUGUGAUUUAUUAAAUAAUGAAGCUUGUUUUGAUGUUGCUUGGAAAUUUAAAAUACCAUCCGUUGGUAUAAGUAGUUCUUUAAGUAGAAGAACUUUUGCUCCAUAUAAAUCCGAUCCAAUUUACGGAUGUCAUUCAAAUAUGGAGAAUGAAUCGUUUAUUGAAAGAUUUAAAUGUUUAAUUAUACGACCAGCUAGAUUUCUUUAUGAAUCUAGGCAAAGGAUUAUUUCUUUAAAUGAAAAAAGAGUUUCAGUCGGGGUAUCUCCAAUAUCUAGUUCUUUGGAAAGGAUUAAAAAUUCUUUAUUCUUGGCUGAUACUUUCUUUGGAUUUGAGAUUCCACAUCCUGUACCUCCGCUUUAUCAAGAAAUUGGACCGGUGAUGCAAGAUUCAUAUCCACCAUUAACUCCAAAACUUUCAUCAUUCUUAUCAUCACACAAAAGGAUUAUGUAUGUGUCUUUUGGCACAAAAGUUUACACGACACCGGAAAAUUACGCAAUAUUAUUACAAUCCAUAUUAGAAGCAAUAGAUAGAAACAUUAUAGAUGGAAUAUUUUGGUCAUUGUCAGGUCUCGAAAAUUUUCCUUCAACAAUAUCUUUAUCAGAUGACACACAACUGGAUACAUUAGAAAUACUUCAUAACUUAUACACACAUAUUUAUGUUACGAAUUCAUCGUCAGGAUUGGCACCGCAAGUAUCCAUCCUUGAACAUGCAAAUACAAGAGUUUUCUUAACGCACGGAGGAGUGUCAAGUUGUCACGAGUCAUUAUAUACAGGCACCCCAAUGUUAAUAUUACCAUUUGCUUUUGAUCAAUUUUCUAAUGCUGAGAAAUUAGAAGAACAAGGUGUUGCGGUUAAGUUGGAUAAAAAGAAUUUAAUCAUGGAUGAUAUUGUAAGAAAAAUCGAAUUUUUACAGUUGGAUGCUAGAGUUAAGGUUAAUUUAAAAAGAAUGCAAGUGUUGGCAAAAAUCAAUAGUAAAAGAAAAGAUAGGGCUGCUGAUUUAAUUGAAUUUGUUAUGAAAGCUUCUCAAUUAAAUCCAAACAAGUUCAAAUAUGAUGAUGAAAUUGUGAAAGAAAGUGUUGACAAGAAUGUUUCCAAUGACGAUGAAGGAAAGGAAUCUACAGAAAAAGAAAGUAAUAAUGAAAACAGCCGAGAAACGAGUAAUGAAACUGUUUACAAUCCUGAACAACCUAUAAUAGAAGAUAUUUAUGAAUGGUUAUUAAAAGAAUGGAUUACACCUGAUACCAGAAUGGGUUUUAUCAGAGGAAAAUAUUUAGAUGUAUACGGAACUGUAUUAACUUUAUUAUUAAGCUUGAUUUUGUUUGCUGUAUGGGUUGGUUGGUCGGUGGUUAGUUUUAUUGUUAAUAGUAUGGCUUCUUUGAUCGAAGGAAAAUUAAAAGCAGAUUAA